CUAGCUGCAAAGCAGUAACGUUAUAGUCUGUUUGCAGUAUAGCCAGCUAAUAUAACCCAAAUAAUAACUUUGUGCCACUAUGGAGUUUUCAAUCGCUAGCUUGCGAGCUUUUUCACCUUAAGAGAAUGGAGUGUCCACCGUCGAAGCGACUGAAAGGGAUGAACUUUGGCGCUCCGCCCAGUGCAGAUCCUUUUGAGGAUGACGAGGCCUUUACUCAGGAUGAUCUGGACGAAAUCGACAUCAUUGCGUCCCAGGCGUGCACAGGGGAUGUGGGAGUGACGGGUCCCAGGGAGACGCUAGGUGCAGUUUUACCUUGUCCUGGCCCACAAAACAAAGCCUUCUCUGAAGGCAGGAAAACGUUUGCUCUGGGAGCAAGUAACAAGACAAGUAGCAAUCCUGGACAGAGUAACAUGGGUUGCAGUCACGAAUUUCCACCCAGGCAAGGUUUUGGGAAUGAACAGAAAUGUAGGAAGGACAGAGAAGUCCUGUCCUGUGGUAGUCUGGAGGCGCAGCAAACAGAGCUUAAAAAAAAGUUAAAGGAAGUGGAAGAACAGCUCCUGCUGAAGGAUGGAGAGAUCCGUGUGCUGCGUGACUCCAUUAAACACAGCCAGCAGGAGAGAGAGCAGCAGAGACAAGCCCAGCUCCUCGUGGAGCAGGAGAGAGCUCAUGCCCAGAGUGAAAAGGAAAGGGAGCUUCUGAAGAAGGUGCAAUCCUUGCAGUCAGAGUUACACUUUAAAGAGGCGGAGAUGAAUGAAAUUAAGAGCAAGCUCAUGAACUCUGAGCGGGGUGGUAAACGUAUUGCUUCAUCUUCUUCAAGGAAUAGUGGGACCUCUCCAGGGGUCAGCCCAUUUCUCACUAAGCAAAGCUUCGCAGCUCAGUUGACCCGGUGGUCCUCACCUGUCAAACCCUGUCAAAACCAUUGCAGGGACGAUGGAAAACGGUUUGCCAGUGAAACAAACAACGCCAACAAUGAUGUGCAAGCAGACGCAUUGCCAAGUCCUGACACCUUUUGCUGUCAAGAAUCAGUCUUGCUCACCCUGCUGCUGCAGCACCCCUUGGACCCCAGUACCUUGGGCCUCUGCCACCUGCUUUGUAUCAGUCCAGACGCACUGCCUGGCUUUUUGUUGCAGCACAGUUACCUCAGCUCAGGAUCCUCCGUUGGAUCCAGCAGCUCCUCCACAGAAACCAAGGCUGUCCACAGGCCCCAAAGUGGCUUCAGUCAGGCCCAGAGCCUUGCCAUGUCUGGGCUGAACAUGUUGGCACUCGCCCGCUACCUGCCCAGACAGAAUACUGCUGACCCUGGGGCUCAAAAUCAGCAGACUUCAAGCAGGAGGUGCCCAGGGGCAGUGCACUUGUUGCCCCUUUUAGAGUACCAUAUUGGCCUUUUCUGUCAGGCCCUGGGGGCAGUAGAUAGCUCAGGACAGAGUCCUCUGAGAGGGAGCUCCUUGUCUGGCACAUCCUCUGAGGGUAGCAUGGCUUCCAGCGUGGAGGACACCCUCGGCACCCUGGAGGAGUUUGCCCUGGCAGCACUGAGAGCCGUGCACCACCUCGUGUCACACAGCCCUGAGGUUGUGCACACGCUGCUGUCCCGUCAGCCACAGGAAGGCCCAGACGCGGGAGGAGAGGUCCAUCACCCUCUGUUCAGUAAGCUGCUGCAGCUGGCGGAUCCAGCCUUCACCAGCGCUGCCAGUCGGAGGGAGAAAGUGCUGACGGUCAGUCUGACAGCGCUCGCCUCGCUGGCCGAGAGAGCUGGAGAUGAACUGCUCGGCAGGUUUAAGUUUGUGGUGAAGAGUCAGUCUAUGGCACGGUGCCUGUCGAUGGACUCCUCCUACAGAACUGUGUGCCUUUAUGUCAGUCUGCUGGCUCUGACAGUUACCGAUGAUGAGGUGGCAGCUCAGCUGUGCUCACAACUAGAUGUAUGUCCUCUCCUUAAAAUAUUCCAGUACAUCACAUCCAGACCUGACAACACAGCAACAGAAAGCCAGUGGUCUCAACUAGAGGUGGAGGUUGUGCGGUUCUUAACAAAGCUAUUCACUCACAAGACAUCCACGUGGACGGUGUUUACAGAGUCCUCCUGUCAGUGCAACAAUGAGGUAGUACGGACCUUGGUGGCCCUUCUGCACAGGCAGUGGCUGGAGGUGAGGAGAUGGGAGUGUCAGGAGGGGCGGGACCAAGCCUGGGCAGGCCCGGGAGUGCACCUGCUGAGAGAGGCCCUGAUGCUGCUGCACUGGCUCCUCUUGAACGACACCAGCUUCUCCGAACACUGCCUGGACGUCCUGCACAUGUACGACCAGGUCAUCCCUGCCAUACGUGACACAUUCCGCAAGAUCCCAUGCCUCACAGAGAGUGAAGAAUUGGCACUAGAAGAACUUUGUCGGCCUGAAGCAGAGGAUUUAGAGGACAUGGAUAUGGACACUGGAUCCUGAUAUUGAUGGCUGCUACCUUGCUUUCUGUGUAUUCCUGUAUGGUUUGUCCACAAUAGAUCUGGAGGUUUACCACACACAGUCUUGUGAUUGUAUUUUAAGCACUGUCUAUCCUAAUAAAA